AUGUGUCUACUCACGGAGGAGAUAGAGCGACUGCUCUGUACCUCGAGCUCUGUGAUAAUCAUUGGUGACUUUAUUUGUCCCCACAUUAACUGGUCUGAAGGAGGAUGCCUUGCGGGUGGUCAUUCCAAGGAAAGGAUACUUCUUGAUUUCUGCAUCUCUAACGGCCUGAAGCAGCUGGUGACGGAGAUAACCCGGCCUGCCAGCGGUGCUCCGAUUGAUCUCGUUCUAAGUGCAGACGGAGUGUUGGAUUUUGAUGACGUUGUGGCUGACCCAUUGAAGUCUGAUCAUUUGGGCAUCAUGUUCUCCUUUGACGGUGUUGUCAAAGGUAGCCCUGUGCGCAACGGACGUGAUUUCGAGCGCGCUGACUACGCGGCGAUAAAAACGUCGUUGUUCGCAACCAAUUGGCAACAGAUUUUCCAAGACUCUGUGACGCUUGACGACAUGUACAACACACUGACCGAAUAA